UCUCGCGCACUUGGCUCAUCUCUCAUUCCCUCUCUCGCUUUCUCCGGUUACAGUAGGGCUUCUAUCUGACGCUCUCUCGUGCUCGAUUCUCCGCGGCGCACGCUAAUCCCGGCCGUUCGCUAACUUACGCCCCCGGAGGGUUUGGCAGAGAGUUUCUAGGGUUUGAUUGUAUUGGAUCAUCGAUUUCUAGCGUAAGAUCUGUGAGAAGGGAAUAGCAAUCUGUGAGUCAUUAUUUUCGUGGUGGAGGGGAAAAUUAGGGCUAGGGUUUUGAUGCGUUGGCGGAGAUCCGAAUCCGUUAAACCGGUUACGUUGCGGGUGGGACCGUGCCAUGGCUAAUCCCGGAGUCGGGACCAAGUUUGUGUCAGUGAAUCUGAACAAGUCCUAUGGGCAACCUCCUCAUCAUCACCACUCGUCUAAUUCCAGCUCGUACGGGUCGAAUCGGACCCGUCCCAGUGGUCACGGUGGUGGUGGAGGAGGAGGAAUGGUGGUCCUCACGAGGCCUCGAAGCUCGCAGAAGGCUGGGCCGAAGCUUUCUAUUCCACCCCCCUUGAACUUGCCCUCGUUGCGAAAGGAGCACGAGAGGUUUGAUUCAUUGGGGUCGGGUGGUGGGGCUGCUGGUGGGGUUUCGGGAACUGGGCCAAGGCCAACUUCGUCUGGUAUGGGGUGGACAAAGCCGGGCAUGAUUGCUUUACAAGAGAAAGAGAAAGAGAAAGAAGGGUUCAGUAGUGAUCAUGGGACUGAUGGAAUCGACCAGGGUGUGCUUAGUGUUGAUGGGGUGAGUAGGGGGAGCACUGUGUAUUUGCCCCCUUCGGCUCGGUCGGUCAUUGCGGGACCCCCAGGUUCUUCUUCAGGUCAGCCUCAACCUCCUGUUGUGGCGCAGAAAGCCACGGUUUUGAGGGGCGAGGAUUUUCCUUCUUUGCAGGCUGCUUUGCCUUCCACAUCGGGGCCUACACAGAAGCAGAAGGAUGGAUUGAAUCAGAAACAGAAGCAAGUAGUUGGCGAUGAGUCAUCCAAUGAGCAGAGGGAUGGUUCCCGUUUGGGCUCGCUUGUUGAUAUGCGCCCUCAAGUGCAGUCAUCCCAUCAUGGUGUUGGGAAUGGUUUGAUUGAGAAUGGGGCUGAAAGUAACAGUUCUGGUGGCUCAUGGGUGUCAGAGCGAGCUCGGAGGAAGGAAGAGUAUUUUCCAGGUCCACUGCCGCUUGUUCAGUUGAAUCCCAGAUCAGAUUGGGCUGAUGAUGAGCGUGACACGAGUUUUGGUUUGACAGACCGGGGCAGAGAUCAUGGGUUUCCUAGGAGCGAAGCUUCUUGGGAAAGAGAUUUUGAUUUCCCCAGGGUUAGUGUUUUACCACAAAAGCCGAUUCAUAAUCAUUUUGACAGGUGGGGUCAGCGUGACAAUGAAGCUGGAAAGGUUUCUUCCAGUGAAGUCUGUAAAGCGGACCCUUUCGGCAGAGAUGUCAGAAUGCCUGGUAAAGAUGGGCGGGAAGGAAACUCAUGGCGAGCUGCUGCCUCUCUUCCCAAAGAUGGAUUUAGUGUUCCAAAAGUUGAAAAUGAUAGAAAUGGUGUCAGUGCGAGGCCGUCUACCCUGAAUAGAGAAACAAUUAAGGAGAAUAAGUACACUCCAUCACCAUUCAGAGCUAAUGCUAAUAAUGAUAUUGGAAGAACAGAUAUCGGGUAUAGACAGGGAGGGAGACAGCCAUGGAACAACAGUACAGAUCUGCAUAGCGGCAGAGGGGCUGAAAGGACUACACGGGAACGGUACCACAAUGAACAUUACAACAAAUACAGGGGUGAUGCUUUUCAAAAUAACUCAGCAUCGAAAUCCUCAUAUUCAUUGGGUGGUAAAGGGCUUCCUGUUAAUGAUCCACUACUCAAUUUUGGUAGGGAGAAGCAUUCACUCUCAAAGAGUGAGAAACCUUAUUUGGAGGACCCUUUCAUGAAAGACUUUGGAGCUACUGGUUUUGAUGGACGGGAUCCCUUUUCUGGUGGUCUUGUUGGUGUGGUUAAAAGGAAGAAAGAUGUGCCUAGACAGACUGAUUUUCAUGAUCCUGUAAGGGAAUCUUUCGAGGCUGAACUUGAGAGAGUUCAGAAGAUGCAAGAAGAGGAGAGGCAGCGGAUCAUUGAAGAGCAAGAAAGAGCUUUAGAGCUAGCUCGAAGAGAAGAAGAGGAGAGAGCACGGUUGGCCAGGGAACAGGAAGAAAGGCAGAGAAGGUUGGAAGAGGAAGCCAGGGAGGCAGCAUGGAGAGCAGAACAAGAACAAAUGGAAGCCAUUCAAAAAGCUGAAGAACAGAGGAUAGCUAGAGAUGAGGAGAAGCAAAGGAUGUUUAUGGAGGAAGAGAGGAGGAAACAGGCUGCUAAACAAAAGCUUUUAGAAUUGGAGCAAAGGAUUGCCAAGAGGCAGGCUGAAGGAGCAAAGCCAGGAAGUAAUUCUCUGGCUUCAGCAGAUGAGAAAAUGUCUGGGAUGGUAGAAGAAAGAGAUGCCUCCAGGCUAGCCGACUUGGGUGAUUGGGAAGAUGGUGAAAGAAUGGUGGAGAGGAUUACAACUUCAGCAUCUUCUGAUUCAUCCAGUCUUAAUAGGCCCUUUGAGAUUGGUUCUAGGCCUCACCUUUCGAGUGAUGGUUCUUCUGCCUUUAUGGACAGAGGAAAACCUGUUACUUCAUGGAGAAGAGAUGUGUAUGAGAAUGGGAGCAGCUCAAACUUCCUUAUCCAAGACCAGGAGAAUGGUCACCAUAGUCCCAGGAGAGAGGUAUCUGUGGGUCGAAGAUCUUUUUCUAGAAAAGAGUUCCAUGGAGGAGCUGGAUUUAUGUCUUCUAGGACUUAUCAUAGAGGUGGGAUUCCAGAGCCUCACAUGGAUGAUUUCACUCAUUCAAGAGGGCAGAGGUGGAACCUUUCUGGGGAUGGAGAUCAUUAUGGCAGCAACACGGAGAUUGACUCUGAGUAUCAUGAGAAUUUUGUUGAAAAGUUUGGUGAUGCUGGAUGGGGGCAAGGCCGUCCUCGUGGUAGUCUUUAUCCUCAAGAUUCUGAACGAUCGUAUCCAAAUACAGAGUCAGAUGGGCCUUAUUCCCUUGGGAGGUCACGGUAUUCCAUGAGGCAGCCUCGUGUUCUCCCCCCUCCAUCGUUAACUUCCAUGCACAAGACGACCUACAGGGUUGAGAAUGAACGCCCUGGUCCUUCUACUUUUCUGGAAAAUGAGAUGCAGUACAAUCAUGCAGCACGAAGUGAGCCUAGCAUGCAGACUGGGUAUGAUGAUAGUCAUGAAGAGAAUAUUGGACAACGUGAAAUAAUUGGUAUCCAGCGACAGAAUAUCGAGAAUGAGGAACCAAAGCUAGAUAAUAACGCCACCCCAAGGUGUGACUCGCAGUCUUCACUCUCUGUUUCAAGCCCUCCUAAUUCUCCAACUCAUCUUUCUCAUGAUGAUCUGGAUGAAUCUGGAGAUUCUGCAGUAGUAUCAGCUGCUGGAGGAUCUCAAGAUGCUCCCCUGUCAGAACCUGAAAAUGAACCUGUUGGCUUACCCACCCAAGCUGAGAAAGAGAAUGUGAUGACUACCUCAAGUGCUGUCUCUACAGGUGAUGAUGAAGAAUGGACAUUAGAGAAUGAUGAACAGCUGCAGUUGCAGGAAGAGUAUGACGAGGAUGAAGAUGGAUACCAGGAAGAAGAUGAAGUGCACGAAGGAGACCAGGAGUUCGAAGAUAUGCAUCUAGAGGAGAAAGGGUCACCCCACAUGAUUGAUAAUUUGGUUUUAGGCUUCAAUGAGGGUGUUGCAGUUGGGAUGCCUAAUGAUGACUUUGAAAGAAGUUCGAGGAAUGAAGAAAGUACUUUUGUGAUAUCACAAGGAUCCACAGGCACUGUAGAAGAACGUGGAUCUUUUAAUGGAAUGUGCGGUGAUGGACAAGCCCUUCAACCUGUCAAUGCCACUACUCAGGUGAGCGGUGAUGGUUCUUCCAGAAUGUUUCAGGAAACUGAGAAGGCAAUGCAGGAUUUGGUUAUUCAGCCCAAUAAUGCUCCUCAUACUUCAGCAGCAUCUGAGAUUUUAGAUCAUGUGGAGGCUUCUAGUAGCUCUGGUAUGUCUGCUCAGCAUCCAGUUCCAUCUUCAAUCAACUUGGCCUCACAUUCUUCAUCUGGUCCGACUGUCAUGUCUACUGUACCUGCUGUACCGAGUCAAGCUGAGGUGCCUGUUAAACUUCAGUUUGGGCUGUUUUCUGGUCCUUCUCUGAUACCAUCUCCAGUUCCUGCCAUACAAAUUGGCUCAAUUCAGAUGCCUCUUCAUAUGCAUCCUCAGGUUGGCCCAUCCCUUAGCCACAUGCACCCAUCACAGCCUCCUCUCUUCCAGUUUGGCCAGCUAAGGUAUACAUCUCCUAUUUCUCAGGGAGUACUGCCAUUGGCUCCUCAAGCCAUCUCAUUUGUUCAGCCCAAUGUUCAAGCCAGUUAUUCUUUAAAUCGGAACACAGGAGGUCCUCUGCCACUUCAAACCGGUCAAGACACAUCUGCUCAUAAUCUGAUGAAGAACAAUGCUAUGUCUCUUGCAAUUGAUAACCAACCAGAUGUUGUUUCAACGCCUUUAGACCUAUCUCAAGGGAACAUAUCGAAAGAGGUGAAUUCAUUGCCUGCAAGACAAAAUGUUGGAAAUAGUGUUAUGCAGCAGGGUCAUGCAAGGAUUUCCCAUUUUGGUGAUAACAGUGCUAGGUCUGAAUCGCAUUAUCGGGAUGAAGAUCCGGAGCACCAUAAUGCAGUUGUGAAGAACUACAAUUCCUUGGCCAAUAUGAGAGAAUCAGAAAGGCAGCAUCAAAAUGAAGCAGCAGCGUCUCAGUUGGUUUCAAAGGAAAGAGAUUUGAGUGGGCCAAGGGCUCAACGGCCAAUAUCUGGUGGCAGAGGGAAAAGAUAUGUCUUCACGGCUAAAAAUCCUGGCCCAAAAUCUUCAUAUCAAGCUGCUGAUGCUUCUCGCACAGACUCUAGUGGAUUCCAGAGGAGGCCUCGGCGUAAUAUUCAGCGCACUGAGUUUCGAGUUCGGGAAAGUGCUGAUAAGAGGCAAUCUACUGGUUUGGUCUCAUCUAACCACCUUGGGAUGGAUGAUAAGCCAAACGGCAAUGGAAGGGGUACAGAAAUUUCAGCAAGAAGUGUGCCUAGAAAGGUGGUUGCGUCAAAUAAGCAAUUGCAACAGACAUUAGACUCAGAAUGCUUGAGCUCAAGUCUAUCUACUUCACGGGAGAUGGAUUCUGGAAGCAGGGCUGAAAAGGGAUCUGGAAAGGAAGCCUUGACAAAGAGUCAGAACAUCCUACCUUCUGGAGAGGGAAACCUUAAAAGGAAUAUUUGUUCCGAAGAGGAUGUUGAUGCUUCUUUGCAAAGUGGAAUUGUGCGUGUUUUUGAGCAACCUGGCAUUGAAGCACCUAGCGAUGAAGAUGACUUUAUUGAGGUGAGGUCAAAGAGGCAAAUGCUGAAUGAUCGUCGUGAACAAAGAGAAAAAGAAAGCAAGGCAAAGUCUCGGGUCUCAAAGAUGCCACGUAAGCCUCGUUCUACUUCACAGAACACUAUCAUCCCAGCCAAGUUAAGUAAAAUUCCCGCAUCAGCGAGUGGAGAAGCGUCAAAGAGCCUUCGGCCUGAUCUCAUUUCCUCUGAGGGGCGUCGCUUGGCAAACAUUGAAGCAUCAGCUGGAUUUAACGCUGCCAUAGUGUCACAACCAUUGGCUCCAAUUGGUACUCCUCCUGUGAAAACUGAUUCCCAAGCUGAUAUGAGAUCCCAGGGAAUCAGGUCCCUCCAGACAAGCUCCAUUCCUGUAGUAACCGGUGGUGGAAAGAGCAUUGGACCAGGAGUGAUAUUUGAGAGCAAAAAUAAGGUUGUUGAUAAUGUUCAAACAUCAUCUUUGGGGUCUUGGGGUGAUUCACCAAUUAAUCAACAGGUUAUGGCUCUAACACAAACCCAACUUGAUGAGGCUAUGAAGCCUGAACAAUUUGAUUCUCAUUCUUCUGUUGGAGAUCAAAAUAGCUCAGCUAGCAAGCCCACCAUGCCAUCAUCAUCCAUCUUGACCAAGGAUAAGUCAUUUUCUUCUGGUGCAAGCCCAAUCAAUUCCCUGCUUGCGGGGGAGAAAAUCCAAUUUGGUGCGGUCACCUCUCCAACAAUUCUCCCUCCUAGCAACUGUGCUGUUUCUCUUCGGUAUCGGUCAGACAUCCAAAUAUCCCACAAUCUUCCUGGAGCUGAGAAUGCUUGCAGUCUUUUCUUUGAAAAAGAGAAACGUGCCCCUGAAUCUUGUGAUCACUUAGAGGAUUGUGAAGCUGAAGCUGAAGCUGAGGCAGCUGCUUCUGCUGUUGCUGUUGCAGCCAUCAGUAAUGAUGAGAUUGUCGGGAAUGGGCUGGGUACUUGCCCUGUCUCUUUGUCGGAAACCAAAAGUUUUGGACCAGAUAUUGAUGGAAUAACAGCAGGUGGUGAUCAGCAAUUAGCAAGUCAGUCUAGGGCUGAAGAAUCUCUGAGUGUUGCUCUUCCUGCUGAUCUAUCUGUUGAGACCCCGCCAAUUUCCUUAUGGCCACCCCUGCCGAGCCCACAGAACUCCUCAAGCCAGAUGCUUUCACAUUUUCCCGGAGGGCCACCUUCUCAUUUUCCUUUUUAUGAGAUGAACCACGUUUUGGGGGGUCCCAUCUUUGCAUUUGGACCACAUGAUGAAUCUUCAUCUACUCCCCAAUCGCAGUCCCAGAAGAGUAGUGCAUCCGGCUCAGGGCCACUUGGGGCCUGGCAACAAUGCCAUUCUGGUGUAGAUUCAUUCUAUGGUCCUCCAGCAGGAUUUACUGGCCCUUUCAUCAGUCCUCCUGGAGGCAUCCCAGGGGUUCAAGGCCCUCCACACAUGGUUGUGUAUAACCAUUUUGCACCAGUUGGACAAUUUGGACAAGUUGGCUUGAGUUUCAUGGGUGCCACUUACAUUCCAUCUGGCAAGCAACCUGACUGGAAGCACAAUCCUGCAUCAUCUUCAAUGACUGUGGGUGAGGGGGACAUAAAUAACUUGAAUAUGGUUUCUGCACAGCGCAAUCCGUCGAACAUGCCUGCUCCGCUCCAGCAUCUUGCCCCUGGGUCACCUCUUCUGCCGAUGCCUUCUCCUUUGGCCAUGUUUGAUGUUUCUCCUUUCCAGUCUUCUCCAGACUUGUCAGUCCAACCUCGUUGGCAGCGUGUUCCUGCUUCACCUCUUCAAUCUGUUCCUCUGUCAAUUCCAUUGCAAAAACCGGUGGAAGGUGUACAUACUUCUCCAUUUAGCCAUGGGCCUCCAGUGAACCAGUCAUUGACUGCCAACAGGUUUGUUGACUCCCGAUCUUCAACACCCUCUGACAGCAACCGGAAUUUUCCUGUGGCAACUGAUGCAACUGUCACCCAAUUGCCGGAUGAACUAGGGUUGGUAGACCCAUCAAGCUCCACUAGCACUGGGGCUCCAGCACAGGCUGUGGUCACUAAUAGCUCAUCUGUAAACGCCAUCACAGAUGGUGGCAAGACUGAUGUUCAGACUGGCGGUAGCAGAAACAGCAGUGGCCAAAACACAAGUUCCACUUUUAAAACUCCGUCGUCGGCUCAGCACAAGAAUAUGUCUGCACAGCAGUACAGUCAUUCCUCAGGGUAUAAUUAUCAAAGAGGAGGUGGGGUUUCUCAGAAGAAUUCGGGGGCUGAAUGGUCCCAUCGCAGAAUGGGGUUCCAAGGAAGGAACCAGUCUUUGGGUGCAGAAAAAAGCUUUCCCUCAUCAAAGAUGAAGCAAAUUUAUGUGGCUAAACAGACUAAUAGUGGGACCUCAACAGCGUCAUGAAGUUGGAUUUGAGGAGAAAGGCAUCAGAUUGAAGCAUUUCUCAAAAUAAAAAUUUUGCUUACUUAUUGCAGCAUCUAUUCUAUUGUAUUGGUAGGAUCCAAUUAGUGUUGAGAUGUGCUUUUUGUUGACUAGAAUCUAUAGAUGUUUAUGACGGUUUUCCCAAAGAAGGUUGCACAACUGGGUGGUAAAUACCAAAUUUUUAGUCUUCUAGGUUGUUCAGUAAGGAGGGGGAGGGAUGGGUGUAGUGUGAUAUUUGUUGAUAGGCACUUCUAUCUAUUGUUGUUAACCGGUGCCUAACAGUCAUUCGUGGUCUAUCAUUUGUAUUUUGGCUGCAAACCACAUUGUUAAUCUCCUGGGAUGGAUGUAUUAAAUUUUUUAAUGAUCCAGGUCAUAUUUUUUGCUUGUUA